AAAAAAAAACAACAAAACAAAAAAAACCUGUGUAUUUUGUCCGUAAUUUCUGGUUGAAUAACACGACCGUGUUGUGUUUUCAUGGUGUGAAUUAAACGGAAUUGUAUUUUAUAUAAAGGAGAUACAGACUGCCAAGGGCUGUCUGGUAAACACAGUGCCUACUUGCCACCAUUAUGAAAAGUCAUAAGCAGUUAUAUAUGAUAUAUAAGAUUGAUCAAUACAAUUUUAAAAGGAUUGAUCAAAUCCACCUAUGAACAUAUACUGUUUUCACUCGUGAUUUAAAGAGUAUAUAUGGUUUCAGAAAGCAAAACUCAACUUUAUACAAUCUGUCUUGUGAUUACUUAAUGAUCAUCCUUGUCCUAAUGUAGGACCUCAAAAAUAGACACACAUUGUUACUAUCAGCUCUGAAAACCCGUAAUUUUCCUAUUUCUUUCUGCUUGCUAUUUGCCAGAUGUAAUUCAUAAUGCACCAUCUAUCAGUGGUUUGAAAAAGGUUGGUGCUUCCAAGAAGUCAUGAACUGAUUAAAGGGUCACUUCUGUGAUUAAAGGGUUCGGAGUCAAAUAGGCACUGUGUUUGAAAAGUAAGGAGUAAACAUGGCAAGCAGAUAUUAUAUAGAUAUAUAGUCAAGAAGUGUACAUUUGUUGAAAAGAAUACAUGCAAGUAUCGUUUGGAAGUAAAACUUAUUUUUCUUUUAAAUAUCCAGGCCAUCAAUGUGUCAGGAGAAUGGCCUUUAAUGUAAAGUGUGUUUUUUUUAAAUGACUGUCAUUAUUUCAACCGCAAAGUCAUACGACAUCAGGCAAGCAUAGGACCACCCUUUUCCCCGAAACCUCCCCGUAUAAAUUGUUCUGACAUGAAAGGGUCAACAGAAAAGUGGAAAGUCUCAGAAGGAGAGAAUUGGCAUCAGAAAGCACUUGACAAGCCACUGAGGAAUUCUUGAGUGAAGGCAAAUACAAAAAGCUUCUCUAUCCAGCGAGCAGGACAACUUUUACCCUUCCCGUCCAGUAAGGCAACAUGGGGCUUUGGAUGAUGGUGGUCUUCAUCUCUCUGCUCCCACACAUGGCAGAGAUGACAGACAUUUUUCCUGGAUUCAAAAUUCGUAUCACAUCUAAAGGGUUGGAGUUGUUGAAACAAGAGACACAGAAGUUUGUGGAGCAAGAGCUGGGAGGUAUAUCCAUGCCAGAGAUGCAUGGCGUGAAUGGGAAUCUCCAGUAUUCCAUUACAGAUGUUAGGAUAACAGAGCUAAACCUGACUGCAGAUUUGAGUUUCCAGCCUGUAGAUGGACUGCUGUUCGACGUGCAGAACUCAUCUAUUAAACUAAACUUCAAGAGACGUGUAAUCUACUGGUUGUUACAGGAUGAGGGUAUCAUUAACGCCUCUGCAGAAGGCGUAAACAUCAACACCACCCUUCAUCUUGCCAAGGAUGAUGAAGGCCGUCUCAAGAUCGGGAAUGUCAGCUGUGAUGCUUCCAUUGCCAAAAUGAGGGCAAAGUUUGGUGGGACGUUUGGGAGAGUUUACGACUUUGUCGCCACGUUCCUGUCCACUGGAAUGCGCUUCCUAUUAAAUCGACAGAUUUGCCCUGCUCUGAAUCAUGCCGGUCUUGUACUGAUAAACCAACUGUUGGAAACAAUUCCAGUGCGUGCAGUAGUGGAUAGUUACAUCGGCAUUGAUUACUCACUUUUGAGUGACCCUGUGGUUUCUGGAUCCAGUCUUGAUAUGGAUUUCAGGGGGAUGUUCUAUGACUUGCAGAACGAGACUGACAUUCUGGAGAAUUUUUCGGUGAAUCCGGUGUUGAACGAAUACAACCGCAUGAUCUAUAUGGCUCUCUCUGAGUACUUCUUUGACAGUGGACUCCACUCAUAUUUCAAAGGAGGGGUAUUCAGGAUGCACAUAGUGAAUGAACGGAUGCCAAAAGAUUUAGAGAUGCUUCUCAGGACCACUUAUUUUGGGGCAAUCAUGCUAUUGAACCCAGCUAUGAUAGAUGCCCCAAUCUCAUUGGAGAUGGAGGUAACAUCAGCUCCUAAGUCUAGCAUCAAGACAACGGGGGCGACAGUGGCAGUGCAUGCUGGUGUCAGAGUGCUGGUUCUACCACCAGGAAAGUCACCUUUCCAGCUCAGCAGUAUGACCAUGGAGUCCAAAUUUAAUGCCAAGGUGUACAUGAAGGAGAAGAGACUGGCAAUACAUCUGGACCUGAGAAGGUUUAAAAUCUUUUCUAACCAGUCUGCUUUGGAGUCAUUAAUGCUGAUUCCAUUGCAAGCUCCACUGAAGGCUCUGCUCCAAAUGACUAUUGUCCCCCUUUUAAACAAUUACACCAAGAAGGGUGUACAGAUUCCCCUGCCUAAUGGAAUCGACCUCGUCGAGGAUGUGGUUGAGUAUCACAAUGGCUACAUCACUAUUGGAGCCAAUCUCCAUUUCCGGAGCGGUCUGAAGGAGCUGAUUGAGAACAGUUCAUCUUAAGAACAUGACAAAUAUUGAACACAUUAUUUUCCUUCACCACUGCUUGCAAUAUUUUCACAUGUACUUUAAAUAGAUGCUUACUACAUAGUCAUUACCACCCUUAUAUUUUACAGUCUGUGCCAGAAGUGAACUAAUAAUACUCUUACACACCAUGUGUCUUUGACCAUAGCUACAUUUGAUGUGCAUGUUGUUUUCAGAAUAGAUUUAAUCACUACUAAGGUAUUCCAUAUUUCUGGAAAACUUGUAUUGGUGCUUAAGACAGGAUGUUUUGCACAUAUUAUUCAAGAAAAUGAGGCAUGUACGUGUCUAUAAAUGUAAUUAAUAAAAUGAGUCAAACACA